AUGGUGGCCUCGCGAUCUUCUUCAUCCAACCAUGUCUAUUUGAACGGCCGAACCCUAGAAGGAGGUGGGCAGCUGGUUCGAAUUGCCGUCGGCCUGUCUGCAUUGACCGGUCGCCCGGUGAGCAUUGAUCAUGUCCGCGGAAACAGAGAGGGAAAGAAGGGGCUCAAGAGAACUGAUGCUGCAACCUUGAAGUUGUUGGCUGAGAUUAGCGGCAGCAAAGUAUCGGGAGGCGAGCUUGGCUCCCAGUUCUUGAACUUCUUUCCUCAGUCAAGCAGAUCAAAAGGAGGACCGCUCCUGGAUUUGUCGCAAGUGACCAUAAAGACUGAAUACGACAUCAAGCUCACGACUGCCGGUGCCAUCCUUCUCGUCUUCCAGGCGCUCUACCCAUAUCUGCUUUAUGUUGGAUCACGGGGGACUGCUCCUUUUGUAAAAGUCAACAUAACUGGUGGAACUAACGCUUAUUGGUCUCCAUCAUAUGACUACGCAGCGCAAGUUAUGGUGCCCAAUUUCGCCAAACUUGGACUUCCUCCCUUGUCUAUCAUCCUCCACAAGCGCGGCUGGUCAACGGGACCGGUUGACCUUGGAGCAGUCACUUUCCUCAUACAUACACUCGCGUUUGAACAUAACUCAGAAGACCAAAAUCAAUCUAAUGGGACAUCGGAAAAAGAUCGGAAUCGGCCAGCCGAGCCUCUACGCAGCUUCCCACGAAUUAAUUUGAUGGAUCACAAACGCGGAAAAGUCACGCAAAUUGAUGUCACAGUACUAGCACCUGAUCAACCCAUCCUAAACGGCGAUGCAGAAGAUGGAACGGGGAGUACUAUUCGCCAGUUUAUUGAACAAGUCACUGAACGCACUCUCCGGCGUGAAGCUAGAAAGCUGGAUCCGUCUAUAUUUGCCAAACACUUUACUUCGUCUCCACCUAAAGAAGACCCUCUCAGCAAAUCAUCAGCCAAACAUACACCGGUUCCUAUCAAAAUCCAUACAUCGGAAGCUACAAAUCACCACAGCCACGUAUACAUCCUUCUUGUGGCCCAUACUUCAUCUGGGUUCAGGAUUGGCCAUGAAAUUCUAGGCAGCGUGGGAGGCGAUCGCCUGACUGAGUCAAAGAGCAAAAAGAAACAAAAACAACGGCCAGCCUAUGACCCUCUGCGUGAUUCUCAUCACGAGCUAGCGUUUUCUGCGGCUGCAGAGCUAGUCCGUCGAUGUGUAGAAGGAUUCAUCGGGGAAAUCUCAAAUGAAAGCCCAAAUGCCCAGCCAGACCGGAAAAAUCCGUCCACCGCCAAGAGAGCUUGUCUAGAUGCAAAUAUGAGAGAUCAGGUUGUUAUUUUUGAGGCACUUGGCAUGGCCUGUCACGCAGGUGUGCAUGACACCGAAGCAACCAACAUCGAACCUUUGGAGGACGAGCGAUAUUGGACCCUCCAUACAAAGACCGCACAAUGGGUGUGCCGGCAGAUGUUGGAUGUCUAG